CUCAGAUUGAUCUUUUAAGUACGAGAAACAAUAUGUUUAACCUCAAUUGUUCUACAAUAUGCUAAAUGGAACAGAUAAAUACAAGUUUAUAUUUUUGUCGUGCAUUAUCGCCCAGCAAAUAUUUGUAAACAAAACUGACAGUGACAACUAAGCCUAGCUGUGCUCUACAACUAAAACAUUAAUAGCCUGGUAUGUUUAUUAGAUAUGACUACAAAAUCUGAUUUGAAAAUCAAGAAACUAGAGGAAGAAAAUGUCAGGCUCAAGAAAGAAGUUUUGGAAACAAGGGGUAUGUACAAACAGCUCAUACAGGAAAAUACAACGGAAAGUUAUGAUGAAAGACGUAUCAUGAUGUUGAAGUGUCAAAUCAUGCAGUUGGAGCGUCAAUUACUUUUGAUGUCAGAUGCGCUAGGUAGCAGAGCUGACACCCUUCUUGAGGUUGAACAAACUCUUCACAGCAUAGCUGACAUGUGCAGGAGGUAUAUCACUCUAGAGGUGUCAGGGCCUGAAGUCCCCCUCCCAAGGUCUGAGCUCACCAAAACAGUACAGGCAGCAGAGUCUGCUAGAAUAAAAUUAUAUAAAAGCAUAGAGAAUAACUCUGUACAGAAUCUGUCCCGCCCAAGUCUGAUGAUGUCAGACUUUACACGUCACACUGAUGAAGAUCCUGUCACACUUAUGGAGAUAUGUAGCGGGACUUUAGAGCACCUCUACCUGAAACAUGUGGGCAAAUUAGAGAGUCGUUUGUGCUCAGUUUACAAGAAACUCUCAGGAAUAAGACGAUCUCUGGCCACUACUUUGUCACAUGACCUGCCAACAGCCAAUCAGCACAUUCCAAAACCAUCCGUCCGACAUUUAGAUUACCAACUAGAAGGUGGGUGCAAGUUGCUAGAAGAGACAUGCCAGGAUUUAUUGGCUCUCUCUGUGCUUGUCCCUAAUGCUCCUCUGCCUGCCCUUAGAACGUCUGUAGUUAGAGAUCUCACAACUGAUGCAGUCAUGUCUAUAUUACCAAAGUUUCCACGCAAUAAAGCAGCUGAAGGAAGAGAACUCAUCGAUGGCCUGGUGAAGGCAUGCAACUAUUCUGUGGCCAUGGCCAAGGCAGAGAUCCGUGUGCUAGAGAGAGAGUUGAAGUUCCAUGAGUCUGUCUAUGAUUCCCAAGUGGAGUAUGCAAUGUCUCUACUAGAAGCCAUGAAGGAAGGCUAUGCCAACUUUGAGCAGAGUGCUAAUGAACUUAUAUGCAAUCCAUUGAAAGGUGUGUUGAAAGACUAUGAGAGAUUAAAGACUCCUCCUUCCCAGGAGAGUUUGAGAGAAUUCCUUACAGUCUUCACACAGCAUGCAGCACAGUUCCAGUAUGCCGUAGACGUACUUGAGAACAGAGAAGGCAACAAUGAGUCAGGUGGCAAGGUGCUCUCAAUAUUUGCAGAGAAUUUCUAUAAGAAGAUUGACAAAGAGAAACUGAAGUGCCAAAAAGAAAGAGACAAACUAAAUGAAGAAUUACAAACUGCCAAAGAAUUAAAACAAGAUGCUGUAGAUAAAUGCACUGAUAUGUUUAAGCUAGAUUUGGAUGCAAAUGAUGAGCAUGUUGCAACUAACAUAUCUGCUGAUGUUAAUGAACUGACUGAGGAUAUCUACAAGACAGUAUACCAAAGGUCAUUCAGGAGCACUGGGGAUCUCAGUGAUCGAUCAGCCAAGGAUCAACCACUAGUCAGCCCAAGUGGGUCAAAAGGGAGAAAUUCACUGGCUGAUAGGCCACCAUUUUCUAUUCCAGCUAUUUCAGCGGAAGACAUAGAGGCAAGUGACCUUCAGUUAAGAAGAACACCAAUCGAGAAAAAGGGUAAAAAAACUCUGAAACGAGCAAGCUCUUUGGAUAACCGCCCUCCGUUUGUAGUUCCUGUUCCAGAAGAAGAACACAUUGAACAGAGCAAAAGUAAAACAAGAACUAAGAAAAAACAAAUGUCUUUAGAUGACCGACCACCAUUUUCAUUAGAGACAGAUGUGGUAAAUGACUGCACGUGUGGGAGUUCAACCCCCACUCAUGAUCAUGUUGCUCAACCUUGGAUUAAACCUGAUAGUACAAUUACAACUCAAGACCAUGCUGCUCAAUCAAGGACUAAACCUCAGGGAUUUAACAUUAACCCUGAAGCAAUACUUAACCCCAGUGAAACUGCCCUGGAUUAUACAGACCAAUAUAGUACCAAUAAACCACCUUUUUUCCACCAGAAAAAGGCAGGGUCUACAAAUCGCAGAUCAGGGAGCCUGUCUAGGUUAUCUCCGAUUGGUCAUAACACUCCUACUACUUUUACAGACAAAAUCUCAGGAAUAGUUUCAUCUUCCCCAAACUCUAGCCCGAUUCCUGAUGAAACACCAUUGCGAAAAUCAGGGAGUUUGAAUAAACUGUCGAUGGGGAGGAGGUCGACAUCCUCUUCUAAACCCCCUGCUGGAGUGCCAAUGCAGAAAUUAAGACUAACUCCAAAAUCAAUUAAAAAAUGAAUACAAAAUACAAGUGUUAAGUAGCAUAUUCAAAAGUUAUCCAUGGUUAAAUGUUUGUUUUGAAUUCAGGUACAUGUAAAUCUGGAUGUAAUCCAACAAUAUUUCACAUAAGUAAGUCAUUCAUUUUAGUUAAAAAUUUAAAGGAGAUACAGAACUUAUUUGACACUCUGUAUAUUUUGAUAGCUUAUGAUGACGUGUUUAAGCAAAUGUGUAUCGUCACAAGGUUAGGUUCAUUUCCAUAUAAAUGUACACUACAUAAAAAGAUGAAGUAAGGAGACAGAGAAUCAGUCAUAU